GUAAAGCAACGCGGUAGAUUUUAUGUGACACCUUCGGGCUGGAAUUAAAACAAUAACAAACGUUAACUUGUGUUGUGUCUUGUGAGAGCACUGACAGUACGCUAGGCGGCUGGAGGAAGCAGAAAGUCACUACGCUGUAGUUACCAUUAGCCAGUUGAUGGUGGCGUCUACAUCAUUUGCAGUGUAGUGUCAACUUCAAAGAAAUAGUAAGCUCGAAAUGUACCUCGGAAACUAUAUUUCUCCUGUGUUAUAGUGCCGUCAAGGUAAUGGGAUAACAAGAAAUAUUUGGAAGCCCACUGCCACUUUAGUGUGGAUUUAUGUGUUUCAUCUGGUUGACUUAGACUCUGUCUACUUGGCCUCAGUUGUGCAUAGACUCGUUACGUUCUACAAUUAUGUCCCCUCCGAGUAAUGAACCACAAGCAAAGAAACAAAAAGUUGAUGAUGGUGAAGACAUCGACAUCCAUUCCCGUCUGAAGAUUGAGCGAAAAAAGCUUGCAGAAAGUGUCAAGUAUUUCAAGUUCAACAAAAAAAGGGUUGAAAUGAUGAGCAAGGCAGAUGAAGUGCCAGCAGAAUGUGAUGGCAUUGUGUACUGGAUGUGCCGUGAUCAAAGAGUUCAAGAUAAUUGGGCAAUGCUGUUUGCUCAGCGUUUAGCACUGAAAAACAAAGUGUCUCUUCAUGUGGCUUUCUGCCUCAUUCCAAAGUUUCUUGAUGCCACAAUUCGCCAGUACCACUUCAUGUUAAAAGGUAAGCUUUUUAAAAGUUGGUGCAGGUCAUAGUUUGAAAUUGGUGCAUGCCUGGCCUCACUCUAUAUUUUAUUUGGUUAUUGCCAGAUGAUUUUAUUCAGCACAGAGGUGACCCCAUACACAAGGGUAAGGUCAAUUUUUCCUUUUUUUUCUUUUUUCUUUUGUUGGGUAUUAAAAUUUAAAAACAUGAAAAAAAAUUAUUAGUUAUGAUAUAAAGAGAAUUGAAGAAAUAGAAAUCUGACAGGGUUGUCAAUGUUUUGGUAAAUAAAAUCUGAUUUAUUUGAUUUAAACAGGAUUUUUUUGUUUUUAAUUUUGUAAAAAAAAAUAUAAAUACAUACUGUACUGUAGACUUUUUCCCUUGUUGACUGACAACUUUUCCCACUCUUCUCCUCCUAUGGACUUGUUCUUAUAACUGUAUGUAAUAUAAUUAAUUAUAUGAGAUAUAUCUGUAUUAAGGAUUCAUGGGAUUCCUGAGAGGGACAUUCCUGGACUGGGGUGGGGAUGACUAAUGUCACUUCAUCCCUUUGAGAUGUAUUAUUAUUAUUUUUUUAUCUCAGUAAACAUAUCAAUCAAUCAAUUAAAAAUUAAGGAACUAUGUUGGUACAGAAAAGGCAGCUAAACUUGUCUUCUUUUUAUCAUUCUUUCAAAGUUUUUGAAUGCAGACACUGGUAAUGGUUGUAAUGUGUGAUGUAGCAAAGACUAAGAAACAUUAGAAUUAGAUUUUUAUAGAUGUCAAAUGUUGUGAUUUAGUUGGUUUUGCUUUGUUCAUCUAUUGUAUUUGCAACUCUGAAGUACAGUAUGCCUAAAACAAGUUAUUAUUGCCUUUAAUACUGUACUUAAAUGCAACUCCUAUAUGUUUGAAGUACAGGUUGUACCUCUCUAGUCCGGCAACCUCGGGACCUGACCGGUGCCGGACCAUGG